UCUGAAGUGUGAAUUCUAAGAUUGUGUUACCAGUGCACUUAAGGGUGUAUUUAAGGGAUUAUUUUGGAAAGAUGCAAAGGAACAUGAGAGGGCGCCAUCGACAACCACCGAACGGGAUGGUGGUGCAACAAUAUGAAUUCUACUGCGGCCCAAAUACUGCUAGAGAAGAGAUUACUUGGGCGAGACCCGAAAAUGUCUUUCCGGAAAGAAGACCGGAACCCCCAGUUGUCAAUGCGUAUCUAACCGAUAAUCUAUGGCGACGUCCACGCUGUUUGUAUCCACCUGGCCCUGCUAGGAUUCAAGUUGAUGCAAGGAAUCUUGCGAUAGGACCAUCUAAUCCGACCCUCAGUAACAACGGAGGUUGGGAUCCAUGGGCCAACACUUCCGAAUUUAACAACGAGCAGCUCAAUAAUCUUCUAAUGAUUACAAAUAUGCCACACAUGCCACGGAACGGUGUGCUCAUUCAAGGAGCGGGACUUCUUAACAAUGGUAUGGACUUUAAUCAAACGGCAGAUCUGCCUGUUGUAGCUUUUAUUGACCCACACGUACCUUUUGAGGCUAGUCCCUAUGCUAUUCAGGGAGAUACUGUGCCAAUCGUUCACGGGGCCAGACUUCUUAGCAGUAACAUGGGAUUUAAUGGAACCGCGGAACUCCCCACUGGCUUCCCACAGGUAGCUUUUGCUGACAGGCGCUAUAAUAUAAACGUCGCCAACCUGACCAACGUUCGACAGGCAGAUGGAACAGGCGUUCAGGAAGCGCAGCUUCUUAGCAAUAACUAUACUUCAGGACUGCCUACUUCGGCUCCCACUUCACGGGCGGCUUUUACUGAUUGGCCUUAUGAUAUAAACGUGUCAAACGCACUUGGAGGUGGCAUGUCAACCUCUGAAGAAGCCGGAUUUUUUGGCACCAAUAUGAACUUUAAUCAAACUGAAAACCUACACUUGCCCCUUGCCGAUGGGUCUUAUAACAUUAGAAUCGAAAAUGUGACAAACGUUGUGCAGGGAAAUGGCAGAUACUUUAGUCAUACUCCAGAGCAACCUACUGCGUCUUUGAAUCCUGAGGUGCCUUUUGCUGACAGCCACCCUAACAUAAGAAUUGCAAACGGGGCAAAUCUUCUACAAGAAGGUGGAGCGUCAAAUGUUCCAGAAGCUGGAUUUCUGAGAAGUGACAUGGCCUUUAAUCAAAUCCCAGAUCCAACUACUUGGACCAUUGAUGAAAACGUUAACCAAAACACUCAGGCUUACGUUCCGAAUUGGAUGUCAAAUGGGGAAUCGCAAGAGAAUCGCACAUCACUAUCGCAGUCUCCAAUGAACCAACCUAUCUAUGCAGCAGUGGAUUUGAACGACGACAACGUCGAAGAUGACUCUGAAGAAUUCCUUACUCAAACCGAUUCUGAAGAAUAAAGUGAGAAAAUGGAAGCCAAUUAAACCUCUAUAUAUUAAUCAUAUUGGGAAA